AUGCGGCCUUCCCGCGCAACAGCCCCAGCAGUGGUCCUCGGGGCGUGUAUCUUCCUCGUGCCAGCGAGCCUCAGCUUCAGCGUCGGUGGCAUCCACUCGGCGAGGUGGGAGUCCCUCGCUACAACAUCGGCUUUGAAAACACAGACGGUCCAGCGCGUGGAGAGUGGCUCUGGGCUGCCAGCAGCCACAACAUGCGGCGUCCUCGUGUGCGCCUUGGCCUCUGCAGCUUUCGCACGCCGUGCAGUGCGACCAGCGCAAAAGAGCUACAUCGUCAGGCAAGCGGAGGCUGGUGGGGGUAUCCUGGGUGGCAUGCUUGGUGCAAUGAAGGAAGAUCAGGACGAGGAAAAGGAGAUGGAAAAAGAGGGCGCGAUGCCCAAGCAGAGUUCUCCGAGCUCACAAGCUGACGAAAUGUCUCAGUACCUUGACAAGGACAUCGAGGAAGCCGAUCUCGAGGACUACAUGAAGGAGUUCGAAGCAAGUCAGGACGAGUCACUCGAGCGGCUGAUCCGUUACGACCUCUACCCCUCGAAACAGUACAUCCUCUACUUGGCCAAGAUGAACGCACGAAAGACUUGGACGAGAGAUGGUCCCGAUGGCAAGAAUAUUGGCUGCCUUGAAGUUCAGAUUGCCAUCCUGACAGAGCGGAUCCGCAACAUAGUGCUGCAUGCCAGGGAGUUCAAGCCUGACUUCGCCUGUCGUGUGAAGCUGGUGAGCCUGGUGGCCCGCCGCCGCAAGUACCUCGACAAGCUAGCGCGCAAGAACCUGGAUGCUUACAUGAAGAUCCGUGAGCAGCUGAAGAUUCGCCACGUGUACCGCUUGGAUGCAUUGAUCGGCCGGCUGGGUGACUACGUAUAUCCGCUACGGGACCGCCCUCGUGCUCCAGGUCGCAAGACCUUGAACAGGCUGAAGAAGUCCAAGAGGUUGAUGAGCAACCGCCUGGCCAACUACUUGCGACAGGGCAAGGAGCACAAGAUCAUUCACCGAGCGCAGAAGAAGCUGAAUGCCCGCCGCUGGCUGGCGCGCGCCUACGACGAAGCCGCUUUGAUGGUUGCCGACAGUUGGUGUCCGACGACCACUGCAAUGGAUUUCGAUGACCUGGACGAGGAGAUCAGCAAGAGAGUGCAAGAGGGCGAGGCAGUUGCCGGUAACUUUGUCGAGAAUCGGCAGCCCGUUAAGGGGACAGUCCUGCCAAAGAUGCGAAGGACACACCAGCUCCCAGAUUUCUCUCGCUUGCCUGAUCGCGUGAAGAAGACACUGGCCCCUUACAAUGGAAACGCGGUCAGCGAAAGGUCGCCUGUGUUGCGCCUCCUUUGCAUCCACGGCGCCGCCGAUGCUUACAGCGUGGACUGGUGCAAUUUGGAGGAGGAGGCACCACCAGAGGUGGAAGUAGCGACGCACGAGUUUCCGGGACACGGACAUCGUGACGCCGAGCCGUUUUGUGUGACUCUGGAUGAACUCUGCGACGACUGCUUUGAUGCGUUCCGCGAUGCCAUGGACACAGGUGCUUUUGCACUGCUGGGACACUCAAUAGGUGCCUUGAUUGCCAUCAAAAUUGCGAAGCGAGCUCGAGCUGAACUAGGUGUCGAGCCGCUUGCAGUCAUCAUGCUCGAGAGGGGCGCUGCACAACAUCCGCUGUUCACAGAACUUGGGGCGGAGAGACUUCGCAGCGAUCCGGUGUCCUUCUUUGAGUACUGGAACCCGACGGUGUUCAAAAUGUACAAGAGCGCUGGAGACAUUGGAAAACGCACCCUGGACAUGUGGCAAAAGGACCAGCUCAUGGACCAGGAUGCGAUCGAGGUGGGGUAUCACACCUUCAAGUGUCCGUUGACAGCGAUUGCAGCAGAUGGAUCCUGGGAUUCGUGGGUCACUCUGGCCGACCUCGACGAGUCGCAGGCGGCGCUUACGCAGCACAAUCUUGAAGCAGGUGCAUACCGGAUCGCAAAAGACGGCAAGGCUUUUGCUGGGCACUUCCCAGCCUGGACAUACGAUGGAUGGAAGGACUGGACAGAGCAUCCGAAGGGGUGCAACAUCGUAAAGUGCAAAGACUGCGAUCACAUGACUGUCAAGCGCAAUUCCAUGUUCAAAGACGAGUUAUGGAAAAUCUUGAGAGAUGUAGUGGCAUCUUUCUGA